AUGUGGCACUGCCUGCCCAGCCGAUGUUACCCGGUGCUUGUGUCCCUGCAGCUGGUGUACCCCAGUGACUUCCGGCUCACGGACAAGGAGAAAAGCAGCAUCUGCUACCUGUCUUUUCCCGACUCCCACUCAGGCUGCCUCGGAGACACUCAGUUCAGCUUCCGCAUCCGGCAGUGUGGUGGGCAGAGGAGCCCCUGGCAUGCGGAAGACAGACAUUACAACAGUGGGGCUCCCGUGUCCUUGCAAAGGGAGCCGGCACACUACUUUGGUUACGUGUACUUCAGGCAGGUGAAGGACAGCUCCGUGAAGAGGGGCUACUUCCAGAAGUCUCUGGUGCUGGUAUCCCGCCUGCCCUUCGUCCGGCUGUUCCAGGCGCUGCUGGGCCUCAUUGCCCCUGAGUACUUCGACAGGCUGGCACCGUGCCUGGAAGCGGUGUGCAGUGAGAUUGACCAGUGGCCCGCCCCCACGCCUGGGCAGACCCUGAAGCUGCCUGUCAUGGGAGUAGUCCUCCAGGUUCGCAUCCCAUCCAGGGUGGACAAGCCAGAAUACAGUCCUCCGAAGCAGUGCAGCCAUGAGAGUCUGCUGCCCACCCCAGUGGUCCUUGCCAGUGUCCACGAACUGGACCUGUUCAGGUGUUUCCAGCCAGUGCUGACCCACGUGCAGACUCUGUGGGAGCUCAUGCUCCUGGGGGAGCCCCUGCUGGUCCUGGCGCCCUCACCUGCCAUGGCCUCUGACCUGGUGCUGGCUCUGAUCAGCUGCCUGCAGCCCCUCAAGUUCUGCUGUGACUACCGCCCCUAUUUCACCAUCCAUGACAGCGAGUUCAAGGAGUUCACCGUGCAGGCACAAGGCCACCAGCUCCCGGUGAAGGAGGCGACGCUUCAGCGGGCACAGCUGUACAUCGAGACAGCCAUCGGCUCUUUGCCCAAGGACCUGCAGGCUGUCCUGUGCCCCCCCUAG